AUGGAACCAUUCGUGAUAUUUAUCGUAAUAGCUGUUUCUGUGUUUGUCUUAGCUGUAAUAUUGAGUUUGUUGUGCCGAGCAAUGGGAGUCCAGCCAGCAUAUGGAAGUGGUGGUGGUGGAGGUUUUGCCCAUCACAAUCACCACCAUAAUUUUCAUCAUCAUAAUGGAACAAUGGGUGGAAUUAUUGGGGGUGCAGGUGGUGGGGGAGCAUUUGACGGCGGCGGUGGAGGCGCAGCUGGAGGAGGAGCAGGAGGUGGUGGAGCAUGUUGA